CACUACGGUAGUCAGCAGAAAGAAGGCCGAAUGGUCAGCAGAAAGGAGGCGGCUGCGGCUUUCACCGCUGCCGCGAAGGCGCUGGACGUGCGCGGGAAGGAGCUCGGCGACUUGUGCUUCGCCCUGUCCAAACUAUCGGGGGAGGAGCUCGAGGUGUUUCCGAUAGACGGUGACAACGAGGCAAUUGUUGAGUUCAUGAGGUCCGUGAAAGCCUCGGCGGCUGGCCUCGGCAUGGGGAGCGCGGCUGGAGCUGCGCUGAUUCAACCUACGCAUAUGCCUUUUGUUCGUAUCUUCACCAUGUUUGCAUCUGUGGUUCGGUCGCUUUCAGGUGAUGCAGACGCGGCGGCUGGCUUGGGCGUAGGGAGCGCACCAAGGGACGUUGUUCUCGAGCGGCUGGAAAAGCUUGAGGAAACGCUUGGGGAGAAGAUCCGGGAGGAAAAUCUCCAGCUUGAGGAAAAGCUCAAGCUGGAGCUUGGGGAGAAGAUCCGGGAGGAAAAUCUCCAGCUGGAAAAGCUCAAGCUGAAGCUUGGGGAGGAGCUUGGGGAGAUCCAGGAGGAAAUCAGGGACCAGAGCCAGUUCGUGCGAGUCCUGAUGCAGGGCGACAUCACAGCGACAUCCAGCAAGGACAGCACGCCCUACCGCGAGAAUGCCUUCAGGUACUACGGCUACAGCGCCAGCCCCAAGACCGUGAAGUGCAUGGUGACCGGAAAGGACAUGCCAGCCGCCAGUAUCAAGGCGGGGCAUAUCUUCCGUCAGGGCUGGAACCGGGGUUACCUGCCGCUGCUGGGCGUCACCUCCGUGCACGACCCGCGCAACAUCAUCCUGGUCCGCACGGAAGUGGAGACCGCUUUCGACCGGUUUGAAGUGGCCAUCAUUCCCCAGAACGAGGGUUAUCAGGGGAGCGCACUCGGAUGGCGUGGAGAAAUUGUGUCUUUAUGGCUUGCAAAAGGGCCAUAUUCCGCACUUGAAAAGUUGUCCGAUCCCUUGAUAAUGCAGAUAUACGUGCUGAAAAAGUCGUUGCUGGAUAACCCGCGGGAAAAGUACAUUGGAACGGGCGACGCCGCCAAGUUGGAUACCCUACAGUGGGAGGACGUGCACAAAAAGUACCUGCACGUGGCGGGCGACAACCUGCCCGCCCGCCGCCUCCUGGCAUUUCACGCACACCACGCAGUCAAGUACGCUGUGAGCGCCGGCUGGCAGGAGCCUGGCGAGGUCAUAGUGUCGCAGGCGGGCUGGGCCUCGCCUGGGUAUGACCGCGAUUUGAUGCGCAAGCUCGCUGCUGCAGGCUGCUGCUGGAGCAGCAUCACCAACAUCACCAGCAUGACCUUGGCCCUCGCUGCCCAUCAUAGAUCGCAACAUUGCUGCUGCUUCGACGGCCUUUUGCUUCAAAAAGGUGAACUGUAAUAAAACACGCCAGCUACUUGUUAAAGAUGCGGCACAACAGCAAACAGACUAACAAACCGAGAAAACCCCGCUCGCCCCCUCCGGGAGGAUUUAAUUACAGCGAUUUUUCAGACAUCCUAUUUCUCCAAGAUGCUUCAACGCGGUUCAUCCAGGUGAUGAUGAUGAUGAUGAUAAUGAUGAAAUUUUAACAUUUCCUGCUAGAUCGACAGCAGGUUAUGAUCUAUUUAAAAGGUAUGGAGAUUGGAUCAGCCUUAGCAGCUAGGUAAGCUCGGGGAGGCAAUCCGCGGCGAUAUCCAACAGGCUCGACGGGACACCAGACACUGCUGCGAGCUAGGGACAGCUUUGGACCGCAGCUGGUGGAUAUGCCUCGUGCCGUUGCACACCUACCGCGGCCUGGUGGCACGUGUUUGAUCAUUAUUAUUAUUAUUAAUCGCGAGCCCACAAUUCCAGCAAAAGUGAAAGAUCUGUCCUUACGUACGGUAUUUACUUCUUCAGCUGUGGAAGGCAGUGCCCGCGGUUAUGUCCGCGUUCAGGAGGUCGUCC